AUGUUCAAAAAUUUAUUUGAUUUUUGGGAUUCAACAAGUAGUAUUGGUCCUGAAUUAUCUAGUGUAGCAAUUCAAAUCUAUAGAAUAUAUGUUAAUUCUGCUUCUGUAGAACAGCUUUGGUCAAAUAUGAGAUUUUUGCAUACAACAUAUCGAAGUCGAUUGCAG